UAAUUUGAGUUUUUAUGUAUAUUUAUGUUUAAGUAUGCAUAGCCAAGCUACACGUGUCCAACAAUUUAUCGUGAAUUGCUGGUUAGCAUCGACAUUAACUAGGAUGAAGUUCUAGAGGCGUUGCAAUGGUUCUGUUGGACUAAGAUCAAAAAUUGAUCAUAAAGAGACUAAAAAUGGCAGGCACAACAGUGUUCCUAGCAGGGAAAAAACAAGAGGAUUCAAGUCUGCUCCUGCCAUUACAGUCAGCAGCUAUAUUGUUUGUGACUGAAUAUUGUAUCAGUGACAGAGCUGACUUCCAUUUGACGUUGGUCGAUGAAGGAAUCAAUCCAUCUGCUUGUGUGACAUUGAAUCAGAAUAUUUUAUCAAAGUACAGUCAUGCUUUUACAAAUUCGGAGGGAGGCUACCAGAACUGCGCUCUUCCAGUGAUUGUGGAGGAAGAGGGGAGGCUGAUAAGAGCAGGACUUUGCAGUAUUAUACGUCAGAUUGUCAACAUCGCCCAGAAAUAUUCUCCAGCUGAUGAGUUUGAAUUUUUGUUGGGAUUCCGUGGUGGGAGUUUAAAGGCCUGUGCUGAGGUUUCAGGCUGGACCAAGUUAUGUGAAGUGGACCUCCCAAAUAGCAUCACAGAAUUGAUCCAACAAAUCAGGGAGAUUGAAAAGGCUGACAGUGAGGACACCCAACAGAUUGAAAUCCCAGAAAAUGUUGUGAAACUAGAAAGCCAUUUAGAGACACCAGCCAAACUUCAUAACGAUGACAAGCAUAAAAGACGUCUGUUGUCACAAGUGAUUAAAGAAGCAGAGGAAAUUGACAACUCUGAUGUUUCUCAGUUUAAAUUGCAACGAGACUAUCCAUUGACCCAUUGUGUUUGUAGAAUCAGUUUAAAAUCAAAGGAGGUGUUGGAAUCAGAAAACAAUAGUAAUUUCUGUGAAAAUGGUAUAAUACUGAAAAAUCAGGAACUUAGGAAUGGGAUUCAACAAAAGUCAUUUGAUGGAUGUAAUACAGAGAAAACUUUCCAAAGUGUUGAGGAACUUACAAGCUUUCUGAAGACAUUGACUCUGAGGGAUGUUGAUCUGAUUCAUUUGUAUGCAGAAGGAAAUACAAUCACAGUGGCAGAUCUCAUCCUAUUCUCAUUUGUAUUCCAUUUGUUGGAGGUUUUAUCUUUUAACAUUCAUUGCCUCAGGAGUCACGUUCCAAAUAUUGUCUCCUGGAUUAAACACAUGAUCACCUUACCACGAAUACAGGAAUGUGCAAGGAAUUGUGGGUACAAAGUUAACCUUUUAGAUGUGUCGAACACUUCAAUAGACUCUAGACUCAGGAAAUCAAGUCUUUAUUUUGUUUCUCCGCCCCAGGAGCAAGAAACACAGGAGGACGACCUAGAACUAAGUCGGAGAUGUAGAGCCAAGUCUCGGGCCAUCAAACCAGAAGUUGCAAGUGCACUGGAAAAGGUCAAGGAGGGCGAGAUCAUUGUAGAACUAGGCCAACACCCGUGUGGAGAAGCAGUUCAGUUAGUGUGGGAUGGAAUUCCUGAGGGGGUACAUCCUGGAGCUGACUUGCCAAAGAAGCGCCUUAUGAGGAAAUGUCAGCAGUUAGAGAAUUUGGUGACCGCUGUCCAGGCCUUAGCUAAACCGGGGAACAUCAUUGUGGACUUUUGUAGUGGAGGGGGACAUCUUGGAUUGGUCAUAGCCUAUCUGAUGCCAGAUUGUAAGGUUUAUUUGGUUGAGAACAACGAGUCGUCUUUGAUGCGUGCCAAAAAUCGUGUGGACAAGGCUAGUCUCUCUAAUGUGACACUGUUCCAGUGUAACCAGGACUAUUUCCGGGGAAGAUUUGAUGUUGGAACUUGUCUACAUGCUUGUGGGUCAGCCACAGAUAUGGUCCUACAUCAGUGUCUGCAGAACAAUGCCAGCUUUGUUAUCUGCCCUUGUUGCUAUGGAGGUAUCCAGAACACACACCUGAUGACUUAUCCCAGGAGCCAGUAUUUUAAGUCUGCCAACAUUCCAUCUAAGGAUUUUAUUGUGUUGGGUCAUGCAGCAGAUCAGACAGAAUUUAAUCGAGACCUCGAGGAGCAAGGUAAAUAUUGCAUGAACCUUGUGGAUACAGACCGAGCCUCACUAGCCAAAGAGAGUGGAUAUACUGUAGAUUUGUGUUCUCUACUUCCACCAUCAUGUACACCUAAAAAUAACAUCCUGAUAGGAUGUCAAAAUGCAGUGUCCUGAAGGACAGCUAGGUCCUAAUAUAGCAGUGUCAAAGGACCGUCCUAGUGAAUGGCAUCUUCAUACUAGGACAUGUGAUAUCCUCUUAGGACAUCCUAGUGUGGAAUCUUCUUUGGACAUCCUAAUGUGGAAUCAUCCAAGGACAUCCUAGUGUGGAAUCUUCUUAGGACAUCCUAAUGUGGAAUCUUCUUAAGGCAUCCUAAUGUGGAAUCCUCUUAGGACAUCCUAGUGUGGAAUCCUCUUAAGACAUCCUAGUGUGUAAUCUUCUUAAGACAUCCUAGUGUGGAAUCUUCUUGGGACAUCCUAGUGUGGAAUCUUCUUAAGACAUCCUAGUGUGGAAUCCUCUUAAGACAUCCUAGUGUGGAAACUUCUUAAGACAUCCUAGUGUGGAAUCUUCUUGGGACAUCCUAGUGUGACAUCUUGUUACAUCUUAAAUGUGCCAUCUCCAUAGGACAUCCUAAUGUGCCAUCUCCAUAGGACAUCCUAAUGUGCCAUCUCCAUAGGACAUCCUAAUGUGCCGUCUCCAUAGGACAUCCUAAUGUGGAAUCUUCUUAAGGCAUCCUAAUGUGGAAUCCUCUUAGGACAUCCUAGUGUGGAAUCCUCUUAAGACAUCCUAGUGUGUAAUCUUCUUAAGACAUCCUAGUGUGGAAUCUUCUUGGGACAUCCUAGUGUGGAAUCUUCUUAAGACAUCCUAGUGUGGAAUCCUCUUAAGACAUCCUAGUGUGGAAACUUCUUAAGACAUCCUAGUGUGGAAUCUUCUUGGGACAUCCUAGUGUGACAUCUUGUUACAUCUUAAAUGUGCCAUCUCCAUAGGACAUCCUAAUGUGCCAUCUCCAUAGGACAUCCUAAUGUGCCAUCUCCAUAGGACAUCCUAAUGUGCCAUCUCCAUAGGACAUCCUAAUGUGCCGUCUCCAUAGGACAUCCUAAUGUGGAAUCUUCUUAGGACAUCCAUGUGGCAUCAUCAAUGCCAUUAUGAAGGCCAUCCUAAUACUGGAAGUGACAUUAAUGGCCUCUUCAUAUGGUACAUUAUUGCUAACUGUAUCAUACAACAUACAAAAUUACAAAAGUAUAUCAUCAAAGUAGAGCAUUUUAAUUUGACAGUUUGCUGUGUUGAUUCAGGAGCCUUCAGUAACACAGACAUCACAUGAGUGAAUUCGAAUUUGUGAACAGAACAAAUUGAUUUGGACAUUUCCAUUGAUUUAUUCAUACUGUGAUAUGUGAUUAUGGUAUUUUCCAGGUUUUAAGCUGCACCAAUGUAUAUAAGCCGCAAAGCCCCUUUUUUACAAUUUUUUUUUAUUUCAUCCCCGUAUUAGCAGCACCCUUUCUUACAAUGUAGAAACCGUUAUGUUGAACAAAGUUUGUUGAUAUAACGGACAACAGAAGGCAAUUCAUCAAGAUCGUCAAUGAAACAGUUUGAAAAUUAAUUAUACAUGGAAAAUCCUUUAUUUUACUGACGUGUUUGAAAAAAUAUAAGAUAGCAAUUAUCAAACUUGUUUAGCUUGGAAGCCUCCAGAGGUUGUCUACGCACUGAUAUAGGGCCCGACAUUACAUACGGUUUACUUAACAAUAUCUCCAUCUGUGUCUGUACUGUUAAAUGUUAGCAAGGCCCAUGCAUAGUCCCAUGUUAUUUCUCAUAAGUUACACAAAACCAUUCUUAUCGUAAACAAGCAUGGAGGUCUUUAUAUAAUUUGACCUAUGACCUGAUGACUUAUCACUUCCAAAGCAAAGUUCAGAAGAUAUAAUUGUGAUUCAUAUUAAAAGUAUGAUUUAUUAAAUUCACAUGAUGUUAUUAUUUCAAUCUUUGCAUCAUUCUGUAUAUGAUUGCAAAAGACGGCUCUAGACGAUCUGAUAUAAUGGUAUGCUUUUUUUUUUUUUUUUCAUUCUGUUUAAUUUUUUUCAUCCACGUAUAAGCCAAACUGGCAUGCCCGACAACAAAGGAAAAAAACUGCGGCUUAUAAUCUGGGAAAUACGGUAUGUGUUUUAAAAGUACCAAUUAAAUAAAUACAAACUUA